AUGGCCUCCAAUGGCAGAUCACACACGAUGGGCGCGCAGGUUCAAACCGUCUCUCCGGCGGAACUUUACGAAGUGAUAGUAGACGCCUCAUCCCAAGACAUUGCCCGAAUGAAGACGUCUAGCCAACGCCUCAACCAAAUGCUCGACAUGUUUGGAGCAUACGACGCCCUGCAAGACAUUGCCUCUCAACGAUCGCUUCCAUCGGCAGUCCGCCAGCAGGCUAUCAUCCAGUUCAAAAAUGCGGUGGUGGGUCACUGGAGGUCCAGAAAACUGCUUUCAGAUGAACACCGCAAUCGUAUUCGGCAAAGAUGUCUUUCUUUCGUGGAUGAAGAAGACGAGACAAUUUCAGAGUGCAACAAAGUUGUUGUGUCAAAGUUGGCGCGCACGGAUUACCCCAAUGCUUGGCCCAGUCUCAUCGAUGACCUUGUUAAAAUCAUCGAUGAAAAUCUUCAGAAGCGAUACGUUUCCUCGAUAGAAGACCCAAGGGACACACUAAGACUUCGCCGAAGUUUGAAGCUUUUAAAUGGCAUAUUAAAAGAGUUCUCAAGCAUUAAGCUCCCAAAUGGAAUGAAAGCAAUGGCCCAGAUGGUUGGGCAGCUGCGUCUUCUGCUUCAAGGAUAUUAUUCGCAGAUGUCUCUCGCCUUCUCUUCAGGAAAUAUAUCACAAGGGAAUAUCGCUUCUCAGAGCGUCUAUGACAACAUUCUUCUGUCACACUUGGUCUAUAAAUGCUUGGCGAAGAUUGCUGCUUGGUUGUGGAACAAAAGCGGGAGAAUGUCUGCAGAAGAGCUCCAGCAGAAUAUCACUUGGGUCCAAGAGUUAUUCCAACACUCUGCAGCCCAGGUAAAGUCGUUAGCAGACUUGCACGAAAAUCUAGUCUUUUCAAUAUUACAAAGCAAUGCCUUGGGACACGAGCCAACUCGCCGUUCUAUAACGGUUUUAACCAAGCAUCUUCGUGUAUUCGGCAAAUUCUUUCGUCGCCUACAGCAACUCAAUCCUGAACAAUUUAUCUUGCUUCCUGUCUCUGGUGACUUGGUCCUAUUCUACUGGUCGCAAAUAGUGGAGUCCACCAAUUAUCCUCAAAACCUUAUCUCUGAUUCAGACGAGGCUCUCUUCCCAGUGAGGUUUUUGGUACAAGGGCUCGUGUUGUUCAAGGAGAGCCUCUCACAGUGGACACCGACAAAACGAAGCGGCGUGCCAAACAAAAAUACCUUAUCCCAGGAUUUCGUGGAGAAUGCUGUCCGCCUUCUUGUGACCCGGUUUAUGCCACUCAACACGGCGGACCUGGAAAAUUGGAUGGCUGACCCAGAGGAAUGGGUAAACCUCGAGGAUAAAGAGAACGAUCAAUGGGAGUAUGAGCUAAGGGCUUGCGCAGAACGAGUGCUGAUGCAGCUUUGCAAUCAAUUCCCAUCAUUCGUUGUGCCUUUGCUGGUCACGACUUUCGAACAACUAGCUCCUCAGCCGAGUGUAGACCUUGAAUCCGUUGUCCAGAAGGAGGCACUUUAUUGCGCUAUUGGUCGGUGUGCGCGCCGUCUCAAAGACCAUAUUGACUUGCAAGCUUGGCUGGAACGAACCUUCGUACCCGAAGCACGCGAUCCCAACCCGAACUACCCGAUCAUCAAACGGCGCAUUGCGUGGCUCAUUGGCAAAUGGGUAUUCGAAGAGUGUAUCGGCCCAAACAACCCUCAAAUAUGGGAAGUAUUGGUCCAUCUUCUACAAGACCGCGGUCUUGGCACAGACACGGUUGUCCGAUUGACUGCGGCGACCGCUCUGCGUGAUUGUGUCGAUUCUCUUGGCUUUGAACCUGGCACCUUCGCGCCAUUCCUCGCAACCGUCGUCCCUCAACUAAUCCAAUUAAUCGGCGAGGCAGAUACGCUUGAAAGUAAAAGGAAGGUCGGUGGGAGUCUGAACACUAUCAUCGAGCAAUCAGGCGCCUUGAUCCUACCUUUCAUCAAUGUGAUCACGGAGCCCAUACCUCAACUCUGGAUUACCGCCGAGUCUGAUCUCUUGUUCAAAGCCUCGUUAUUGGUCACUGUCACCAAGUUGAUCGAGGCGAUCAAGGAACAUUCAAGUCCCCUGUCGACUCUCGUGGUUCCCCUGAUUCGUGAAAGUCUUACGCCACAGGUCAUGAUCCACCUGGACGGAGACGCCCUCGGCCUCUGGCUCAGCGCCCUGCGAAAUACGACCACCAUUGAGGGCACACCGGGCUUGGGAGUCUUAUUACGUGAAGCCAUAAAUCUCCUCGCCACAAAUUUCGAUCUAUUAGGAACGAUCACCCGAAUCAUUGAGUCGUACUUUCUACUAGAUGCGGUCUACGUCCUGAGGACACAUGCGGUAGACUUGUUUCGUGCAUAUCUUAGUGCCUUUUCGAGCAAGGUUGCCGAAUUUAAUGCCAAGGAGCUAGUACAGUCCUUGAGUCUGUUGGUUCAAUUAUCUCCUUCGGAACUCUGGGGAGAGGCAAUGCAUGCCUCAGGUCUUUUCCCACAUCUACUGAAGACGCUGGUGGCUGGUGAGGCCGAUACCCUUCUUCUGACCGAGCAUAUCUAUCUAUUUUCACGGAUGCUGCUUUCCAACAAGCUCAUGUUCCUGCAGCUCUUGUCUGCCAGUGCACCAAUUUUGAGCCAACCAGAAACCACUCUUUAUAGUACCCUUCUGGACCAGUGGUGGGCAAAGUUCGACAACAUGAGCGAAGCCCGACAUCGUAAAUUGACUGCGAUGGGAACGGCCGCACUGGUUUCGACUGGCCGUCCCGAAGUUCUGGAACGGCUACCUGGCGAGAUUUUCAACUUAUGGCUAGACGUUUUCGGCGAGCUCAAGGAAGCUCAAGAACAAGCAGCACUCCGCGAAGACCCAGAGGCGGAUAUCACUUCUCCAACCAGUCUUGUCCGCUAUUGGGAACUAGACGCCCCUCCGGAUUCGUACUAUCGCGAUACCGAUGGCACUCCAGAAUACAGUCGCAGAAACGCAGUGUACGAACAAGACCCGAUCCGUACUGCCCCGCUCGUCGCGUUUGUAGGCCGCCAGAUACGGGAAGCUGAAUCCCUUUGCGGCCCCGCAAACUUCCAGAACUACAUGAAUGCCACGGAUCCGACAGUGUUGAAGCAGCUUCAAGAUGCCUUGGCACGGGAUUGA